AUGCAGGCAAACGCACCGGCUGCCGCAGACCGUGGCGAUAUUGCCAAGGCCUCCAACACUCGAGAAAGCCCCGCCUCUCAUACGACUAGCACCGAUCACCCUCCUUCGCAGGGUCACCAGCGACUCGUGUUCACUGACCCGGUCGCCCUCCGGUAUCUCGAAGAAGACCCUGCUACCGAUGUGCUCCACCGUCGCGCGACCUUACAAGGCUACGAAACCUACAUCGUCGAGCAAUGGGCCUGCUCGCGCGCCCAUCCCACCUUCAUCAUCUCGACCUACACCGGCGACCCUUCGCAUACGGUGAUCGUUGGGGUACUCAGCGUUGCUACCGAUGAAACUACAUGGUCGCCGCGUUUGCGCAUGUACUUCGAUGCGGUAAAGCAAUCCCAUGCUCGGAAAAAGGAGACACCUCUGGGGACGGUCAUGGUCACGGACCUGGGCUCGUUCCCAUCUGCUCUUACUGUGAUACCGGUGCCAGGUGGUGAUCUCAAGCGACAUCGGGAAGACUUUAUUGUGAAUGAGGACUUGAAGCGCCUCGGUUGCGCAGGCCGCGCCGGCUUAAAGCUUCAGCCUCCGUCAACAGCCACCGGGGCGAAAUUCCAUCAGCUAUACCGGACCAGUGAGCGGGUUCCUCUCUACGCGGCAAUUAUUGAUCUGGUAAAGCUCUGCCAAAUCGCGCUGCUGGUGUUCGGCAAGCUCGCUCCGGAGUAUGUGGAUGGUUUGCUCUGCGACGUAACCGAGGCAGCUAUUAGCGACUGGUGGACCGAUAUCGGUACCGACCUGUACAAUAUCGAGCCGAACGAUGGCAUCCUGGGGCCGACCAGUGUGGCCGCCUUGUUAGGCACGCUCCUAGGGGCGAGAAACCGACUCCACGCCUACGGGGCCCCCGUGCCGAAGGAUGCCUUCGAUAUCGACAACCUGAAGAGAGGGAUUGGCGGCUUCCAAAAAUCACAAAAGAUGAGCCGGUCGCGAAGACUGGACCGACCAACCUUAAACCGGUUACACCGUGCCACGGCCAAAGCGGCGAAUUCAGAGGGUUGGACUGACGCCGUCAAGUCAACUAUGGCCGAGCUCAGCGGCCAAGGUGGUGAAAUGGUCAUGGGCAUGGUACGCGGACGUGACAAAGGAGGCAUUGCCGAUGUCGAAACCCUCGACCUGGACAAUUUUGUACAGUGUUGCUACGGGAGAAGAGCGAAAUGGUUGUGGCUGGGCAAACCACGCAAGAGCUUUGAUGACACCUUCUCACGCCCACCGGGGGCGAAUAUGAUGUUUACAGCCGACGAGCAAGGUGGCUAUGUCUGGACUAGUCGCAAGAAGCAGCACUCCUCCGAGGACUUGCCCCCUGAUCGUGUUGGGGCAGGCUUGGAUCGACCUUCCAAGGCCACCGAUCCGGCAGCUACGGAAGAAAAGGAGCACCGAAGAAAAGUUGUCAGUGGCCGCGUCUCUGAUGCUCGGGCUGGCCUUGGUCGCUUCAAGGACGCAGUGGGAAUACCAGGUCUACGUUCCCAUCACCAUAAACAUCGCGAGAGCAUGGAUUUGACUCACGAUGCUGCUUACCGUCCAUCCAUCGAUAGCGAGGUUGAAAGACCCUUCAUCCACACACGGACAGGCUCUGACUUUCAGCCUGACCCAAAAAUGGGAGAUGACGCUGGAGCUCGGCCUCAUGAGGAUGAUCACACUACUCAACCCACCACUACACUUGAUUCAGGGGGCGAGCUCAAGCCACCUGAAAUCCACAUUGAAUCUGCGCCCUCCGGAGAUCCUGAAUCUCAGGACCAGCACCCUGAUCAAAUAGCUGCCGACGAAGAGUCCGACAUAGAACGUAUAAGGACCCGGUCGACGGCAGGAUCGAGUGACCGUGAUCGUGACGAACCAGUGACUGGUCUGGCCCUGAUGGCCUUGCGACGACCGCAGAGCUGUGAAGAAUUGCGAGAUAUCGAAAGCGAGAUCCAGCGACGAGACCACAAUUCCGCGAGACACCUUUCCUUCAGCACCGUCGAAGAGGUGGUUCUGAACUGGGAGCCACUGGGCGGUAAAGCGAUGGUCAAAGACACCGCGGAUCUCGAAGAGGCCAUCGCCCAGGAAGACAUGCUCGCAUCGGAUGCGCGCAUUUUCAGUUCCCGUAUUCUGGAAUUGAGCCAACGCACCGUACCUUGGGUUGAGCGACAGGUGGAAUCGGUGGACAGGCUCAACCAGAUUCUGUACGACCGGCACGAAGAUCUUAACUCGAUCUACCUGGAGCGAUUCGGCGAUUAUCAGCGAUUGCGGGAACGGUCUAGCGACCUGCUCACCGAUGAACACUCGCAUCUCAACGACAGUGUCAAACGCGUGGAGUUGCUGGGUGCCAAAUUAGACUAUGAACUGCAUGUUCUUGAGUCCAAAGUCGAGGACAUGGAGGCUGGCCUAGGUGACUUCGAGCGUCACAUCGUCAACGUCGAAACGAGAAUCAAGGCCCUGGUCAAGGGUGAAGAGCAGCACAGCGGCUCCUCAUGGAUGGAGUGGCUCGGACGAUCCCUUGGCUUUUUGAAUCGCUAA